UGGGCCCAAAAAUGUAAAAGCUACAAAAAGAGUAAAAGUACUUCAAAGAAAAAGGAAGUGUCCGAGUCUGACUGAGGUCACUGGUCGAACACCAUGUGUGCACUAUUCGAACUUAGCACCAAGCGCUUAUUCACUGCCCUGAACAACCAGAGCUCUCUAUCUCUGCGACGACGCUUCUUCUGCAGCACAGCUUCCGAUGGCUUCAUUCACCCCUCUGCGAUCGUUCACCCCAAUGCCGUUCUCGGCCAGGGUGUUUCAAUUGGGCCCUUUUGUACUGUUGGGUCGUCGGUGAAGCUCGGAAAUGGCUGCCGGUUACAUCCCGGAAGCCAUAUUUUUGGGAAUACUGAAGUUGGGGAGCGUUGUGUUUUGAUGACUGGUGCCAUUGUUGGUGAUGAUCUUCCGGGGCGUACUAUGCUGGGUUGCAAUAAUGUUAUUGGAUAUCAUGCUGUGGUUGGUGUUAAAUGCCAGGACAUGAAAUACAAGUCAGGGGAUGAAUGCUUUCUUGAUGUUGGGGACAACAAUGAGAUUAGAGAGCAUGCUUCAAUCCAUCGAUCUUCGAAGUCAAGUGAUACUACAGUUAUUGGGAAUAACAAUCUUAUCAUGGGUUCUUGCCAUAUUGCCCAUGAUUGCAAGGUUGGGAACAACGUUAUUUUUGCGAAUAAUACCCUUCUGGCAGGCCAUGUUGUGGUGGAAGAUUAUGCUCACACUGCAGGGGCUGUUGUUGUUCAUCAAUUCUGUCAUGUUGGUUCUUUCGCAUUCAUUGGCGGUGGCUCUGUGAUUGCACAGGAUGUUCCAAAGUACAUGAUGGUUGCAGGAGAAAGAGCUCAGCUCCGUGGCUUGAAUCUUGAGGGUCUACGGCGUCAUGGAUUCACAGUGGCAGAGAUCAGAAGCCUUAGAACAGCUUACCAAAGGAUAUUCAUGCCUGCUGAUGCAAAUUCCAGUGGUUUUGAAGCACGUCUUGCUGAAGUGGAGCUCCAUGAUAAAUUGGCUCAUAUACCUGCUGUGUGCUCCAUGGUGCAGUCUAUCCGUGAUUCUUUCAAAGAAAAAAGACGUGGACUAUGCAAAUUCAGACAUUGGAAUAGCUCUUAAAAGCACUAGUGACCUAACUGCUAUUGCUUUUAC